AUGACGCAAAACGAAUCCGCAUUGGGACUCGGCAAUCUGCUCAAACCUUUGGAUGCGAACGCUAGCAAUGGACAUGCGGAAGCUCGCUCGGAGCAGCAGCUCGCCCAGGCUCAGGCUCCUGCUCCUGCAAGCAGCGCCCAGGAUCCUUUGAGUCUGAUCUUGGCGGGUAUGGGCGAUUUGCAAAAGGAGGUGAGGCGGAAGAGAGGGCGCGUGUAGCUUGUUCUUGCUGCUCCGAGCUAAAGUUUCAGCUUUGCUCUUUGUCUCGCGUUGCUUGCGUUUACAGAUUGCUCGAUUGCAUGUUCGAAUGGACGACAUGGAGCGAAACGGGUCUCCAGCUGCGUCACCUGCCAUGAGGCCUCACGCGCUCGCACGAGCCAUCUCCACGCGCUCGUUCAAGGGAGGAGAGAGCAGAUCUCGACCUUCUUCGCCCGACAAGACGAGCAGCGGGAAUGCGCCAGCGCACGUCAAUGCCCUCGCACGCUCUUCCAACGCUCUAUCCCAACCUGCUCCUCUGCUCGCCACACCGCCCGAUCUGGGAUUGUGGUGCGUCGUGCCGGCCGGUGGAGCAGGUACGCGUCUGUGGCCAUUGUCCCGAGAGAGCUAUCCCAAAUUCUUGCUGGAUUUGGUGGGAAGAGGCAGAACGCUGCUUCAAUCUACGUGGGACAGGUUGUUACCGUUGGCAGGAGCGGACAGGAUGAUCAUCGUUACAGGAACGGCCCACGUUGGAGGAGUGUCGGAUCAAUUGCCCGAACUCUUGCCGGACAAUGUGUUGGCUGAGCCGAGCCCAAAGGAGAGCAUGGCUGCCAUCGGUUUAGCAGCUGCUGUUCUAGCUCGAAGAGAUCCGGAUGCCGUGCUGGGCAGUUUCGCAGCGGAUCACAUCAUCUCUGGCAGAGAUGCGUUUGAGAGCGCGGUGAAGGAAGCAGUGGUCGUUGCGAAUGCUGGAUAUCUCGUCACCAUCGGUAUCGCGCCAAGCUACCCUUCUACAGGCUUCGGUUACAUCAAGCUCGGCGAAUUGCUGGCUCAAAAGACGAGAUUUGUGGAUCCGCAGACUAGCGAAGGACCUUAUACGGCCGAGGGAUCCAGCAAGUUGGACCCUGCCAAGGCUCCCAAUGCCAGAAGGGUGACGGAGUUCAAGGAGAAGCCGGAUGCAAGAACUGCUAGCGCGUACUUGAGCACGGGAGAUUACAGGUGGAAUGGAGGAAUGUUUGUGGUCAAGGCCAAGAUUCUGCUGGAAUUGUUGAGCAGCAGCAUGCCUGCUCUGCACUCUGGUCUGAUGGAGAUUGCGAAUGCGUGGGAGACGUCUUCGAGGAUGGAAGUGCUUGGCCGAGUGUGGCCCACGUUGGACAAGAUCGCAAUCGAUCACGCUAUUGCUGAGCCGGCUGCCAAGGCUGGUAGAGUAGCAGUCGUACCGGCCACCUUUGGUUGGGACGAUGUGGGAGACUUUUCAUCCUUGGCGGAUCUUUUACCUGCUGAAAAGGGAGAAGCUAGAGUGCUGGGAGAUCAAAAGUUGGUCAUUACGGAAAAUCAAGCCGGUGGCAUCAUUGUGCCAGCCAGUGGAAGAACGGUGCGUCCCCUGCCCCCCCAUUUGCGAUUCGAGUCGGUCGGACGUCAUGGCGGUGUGCAAAGUUUCUUAAAACUGAAGAAUGUCUUUUCCCUUGCUUUUGCCCCAAACGUCAAACGUUCAGAUUGCCUGCUUGGGAGUGGACGAUGUGGUGGUGGUGGAUUGCGAAGAUGCGCUGCUGAUCACGACGAGGGCGCGUGCUCAAGAUGUAAAGAAGAUUGUAGCUAGGACAAAAAAGAACUUUCCGGCAUUGUGCUGA